AUGUCUGAUAAUGAUGAGCUCUGUUUUCCUCAACAAUUUAACAUAUCUUGCAAGAAGCCAAGAGUUUCAUGGGUUUCAGUUCUAUUUCUCCAGUUUCUACUGCCCAUAAUUUCUGUGCUCACUGUAGUUCUAAAUCUGCUGGUCAUCAUCUCCAUCUCUCAUUUCAGGCAGCUUCACAGAGCAAACAACUUCCUGCUUCUGUCUCUCGCAGUUGCGGACUUCUUGAUAGGUCUUGUUUUUAUUCCAGGUGAAAUGCUUAAACUAACAACUUGUUGGUUUUUUGGUGAUCACAUGUGCUUAUUGUAUUCAUACAUCCUUGUUGUUAUUAUCUGUUCUUCAGUCGGAAAUAUUGUGCUGAUAUCUGUAGACCGUUAUGUGGCUAUUUGUUACCCACUGCAGUACCACAGGAGAAUUACUAUCACAAAAAUACGAAUAUGUAUUAGUCUUUGUUGGCUUUAUUCAGCUUUUUACAGUAUAACUUUUGUGAAGGAUGGUUUAAGUCUAUUUGCUACUUCUUGUCAGGGAGAAUGUGUGUUUUUCAUAACGUAUUCUGCCAUAGUAAUUGACCUUUUUAUAACUUUUUUUGCUCCAAUUUCUAUAAUCAUAUUUCUGUACAUUAGAGUAUUUCUGGUGGUUGUUUUUCAGGCUCGAGCUAUCCGCUCUCAUUCCACAGCACCACAACAAGGUCCAGUGACAGCAAGGAAGUCUGAAUUGAAAGCUGCCAGGACCAUUGGUUUUAUAGUCCUUGUGUUUGUGAUAUGUUUCUGUCCUUACUACGGUAUUUCUCUUGCAGGUUACGUUUCACAAAAUGUGUCUAUAACUGUUCUGUGUAUUUUCUGCAUUAACUCAUGCCUGAACCCUAUUAUCUAUGCCAUGUUCUAUCCCUGGUUUAGAAAAGCAAUUAAACACAUUGUGACCUUUAACAUACUACAGCCUGGGUCCAGCAAAGCAAAUAUAUUAUAGGAAAAAAAAGGAAACUCAAGACAAACAGAUUUGCAUAGAGUGGUUAAGCAGCAGUUUAGGUUUUGUUAUCAUAAAGAGGAAUUUCUCACUUAGCUGCAAUUUUCUGAUCAUGUUAAGAUUCUUUUUAUUGGGAUUAAUGUGACAGAAAUUUCUUCUUUACAAUCUAGGUAAUUGAUUAUCAAUUUAAAUUACCCUAGACCCCAUUCCAUUCGAUACCAAAACAUUCAUAUUCUUUACCAAUUAAAUUAAACUUGAUAGGACUGAAAUCCAGCUGGACAAUGACUGACUUAAUUUGCAACCAUUGCAGCUCUGUUUUGUAGGUUAUGAACAGUACUUUAUCUG